AUGGUCAAACAAGUGCUUCUUUUAGGUUCUGGUUUCGUUGCCAAGCCAACUGUUGAUAUCCUUGCUAAGCAAGAUGACAUUGAAGUCACUGUUGGUUGUAGAACCCUCUCUGCAGCCAAGGCUUUAGCUGGUGACGUUGCAAAGGCAAUUUCAGUUGAUGCUACUAACCAGGAGGAAUUGAAUUCUGUUGUCAAGAAUUACGAUUUGGUCAUCUCCUUGAUUCCUUAUAUUUACCAUGCUAAUGUUGUCAAGGCGGCAAUUGCUUCCGGUAAAACAGACGUUGUCACGACUUCUUACAUCAACCCAACAUUGAGAUCCCUUGAACCAGAAAUCAAGAAUGCAGGCAUUGUCGUCAUGAAUGAGAUUGGUUUAGAUCCUGGUAUCGAUCAUUUGUAUGCAGUUAAAACCAUCGAUGAAGUCCAUAAGGCUGGCGGUAAAAUCAAGUCCUUCCUUUCUUAUUGUGGUGGAUUACCAGCUCCUGAGGACUCGGAUAAUCCUUUAGGAUACAAAUUUUCUUGGUCUUCAAGGGGUGUUUUAUUGGCUUUAAGAAACUCUGCAAAGUUCUUUAAAGAUGGUAAGGAAGUCUCUAUUGCUUCUGAAGAUUUGAUGUCUUCUGCUAAGCCUUACUUCAUCUAUCCUGGUUAUGCCUUGGUCUGUUAUCCAAAUAGAGAUUCUACUACUUAUAAAGAACUCUACCAAAUUCCAGAAGCUGAAACUGUUAUUAGAGGUACUCUAAGAUUCCAAGGUUUCCCUGAAUUCGUUAAAGUUUUAGUUGACAUGGGAUUCUUGAAGGAAGAUGCAAAUGAAAUUUUCUCCAAGCCAAUUGCUUGGAAAGAUGCUGUAUCCCAAUACAUUGGCGCUAAGUCGAAUUCUGAAGCUGAUAUUAUUGCCAAGAUUGACGAAUUAACCAAAUUUAAGGAUGAAGCUGAUAGAGAAAGAAUUUUAGCUGGUUUAAAAUGGUUAGGUAUGUUCUCGUCUACUGAAAUCAUCCCAAGAGGUAACCCACUAGAUACUUUAUGUGCUACUCUAGAAGCAUUAAUGCAAUAUGAAGAAGGCGAAAGAGAUUUGGUCAUUUUGCAACAUAAGUUUGGCAUUGAAUGGGCCGAUGGUAAGACAGAAACGAGAACUUCAACUCUAGUCGAUUAUGGUGUCCCAGGUGGUUAUUCAUCUAUGGCUAAGUUAGUUGGUGUUCCUUGUGCUGUUGCAGUCCUUGAAGUUUUAAAGCAUCAAGGUGCCUUUGCUAAACCAGGUUUAUAUGCCCCAAUGACUCCUGAAAUCAACGACCCUAUUAUGAAGACUUUGAAGGACGACUAUGGUAUCUUUUUGACCGAAAAAACCUUAUAA